CAAACACCUCCCCUAGGGUUCCUAGACAGAGAGAGGCGGCGGUGUGGAUCCGCAAAUCGCUGUUGGAGGCCAAGGCUUUUGGAGUUGAGAAUUGCCACCCAGUUUCGGAAGGUGAGAGCACAGGCCAGGUAGCCACCCAAUUCAGCAUCUCUGAGUCGGGGUGGUUUCGAGAUCCGGAGACUAUGUUUGCUGAGAUCUACGAGAAGGUGAAGAGGGAAGAAGGAGGCCAUGGAAGGGGAAGACGAAGGGGGAAGGGUGAAUCCAGCAGAAUCCUGUGCCCCAAGAUGAUUAACAGCAAUCUGGGCCGCCGAUGAUGUAUGGGUUUCCUCCACCCAUGACACCGCAAUUUGGCUUCCCAGGCGCCCCUCCUUGGGGUUUCCUAGGUGCUUACCCUCUGUAUCCACCUCCUCCAAAUUCCCCGUCAAGCAAUCAAUGGGUUGCCCCAGGACAAUCUCAUGUGCCCCCUGGGAGUGGCCACCAUGGUGGUGGGCGGCAACAAACAAGUGAAGGGGGUCUGAAAAACCAGGCUGGAAAAGAGAAGCAGAAGAAGAAUUUGAAUAUAUCUGGCUCUAUCAACAUUACAGGGGGCAAAGAGAAGAUGGUUGUGGAUUUCACUGAGUAUAGUCAGUCAAUGGAAAAGAGAAGCAGAAGAAGUUUGUUGGUAGUACUGUUGCAGGUUUGGGAUUCUAUCAUAUUAAAGUACCAGACAUGGGGCAGAAUGCAAUUGGAAGCUUUAAGAACUUUGGAGUAGUGUACAUUGAAUCAGGAGAGAUAAGCAAGGAAUACUUGGCCAAGGAGUUUGCAGUCAUCUAUAAAACUAAUUGGCCUUGGCAGAUAAGAUCAAUUGGCAGAUGGUCUUAUACUCUUAUCUGGUGAAGUUUCCACCACAUAUCUCUGUGGAUCAUGUAGCUGGGUACCCAUGUCUUGGUCUGUCUAGGGAAGAUAUCAUUGUUAAGGUAGUAGCUUGGAAAGAGGAUCUAGAGAAAAUGGACAGCUUAACCGAAGUUUGGGUUCAAUUGAGGAAAUUGCUGCCCAAAUGGUGUGAAUGGUCUUCACUUGACCAAAUCACGUCUGUUUUUGGACUGCUUGUGGAGGUGGACUGGGAACAGAUGUUCAAGAGUAUGUUUGAAGUGGUCAGAGUUAAAAUACAAUAUAGAGACCCCGACAAAAUUCCAAAUGAGAGGUUGUUCUCUCUAGAAGGCAAAUUAGUACAAGUUCAGAUCACUGUGGAAGUCCCUAAACCUGUGUCUAUAGAGAUAGAACCUUCAAGGUCUGGGCACAAAUAUGGAGAUGGUGAUGCUGACAAAAACAAUAACAGUGGAAUGGAAACUGAUGGUUGACUAAAUGAAGGGGGAAACAACCAGAGAUCCCUCAAUGGCAAUGGUGGGAACAAUAGCAGAAAUGUGGAUGGAGGUAGUGGUAAUAAUGGCCAGAGAACUCAUUCCUUGUGUGAUAUGAUGACUCCACCUAGUGAGAAAGCUAUUUGGGAGGCUUUUAAGAGGAAGGAUGAUGUGAACUAUGAAGAAGCAAUUGAGAUACAAUCUAAUGGGAAUGAGGUAGUGCCAACAGAAAACCCUGAAAGGGAAGUGACUAGAUUUCUAUUUGUGGAAAUGAAUGAGGAACUGGGGAAAACUGGAGAGGAAAUUAGUACGAUAGAGACAAAAUUCCAUGCAACUAGUGAUGGGACGGAACACAAUGUGGAAGAUGGUGAAGAUGAGGUUUAUCUUCCUGAUGACAUUAUGCCCACUUAUGAGGAGGAGGGGGUUAUGUUUGAUCAUAGGGACAGGAAUACCUCCAAGAAGCAGAAGAUAUGGGGCCCAGUUCAACCUGCAAGGAAGAGCACUAGGGUGAAAGGAAAACUGCCCAUUAUGGAGAAAGCUGAAUUGCUCAAGAUGAAGAAGGAUUUGGAAUUACCAAAAACAUCUGUGAAAGGUCUGGCAGAAAAUAAGUCACUACUUAGGAGAUUGGAUGAAGCCUCACAAUUAACUACGGGAGGGAUAGACAAAACAAUUCAGGGAUCAUCUGCUGGUGAGAUUGAGAUCGCCGCUAGAACUGGAACCGUACUGAGAUGUCAAGAAACUUUGGAGCGGCUUUCCUAGUCUAAAACCAUCCAAGGGCUUACACAUGGGGGGCGCGCCACCUUGGAGGAGGUCAAGAACAAUCCAAAGUUAGCGGAGGAGAUCCAUGUAGUCUUCGUCCCCAUGAUCUGAACGUAGAAAAUGAGGUGUUGAUUCACCUGUCUUGUUUUUUUUCGUUUCUAUUCCUGGAAGACUGUAUCCUGAUGUAGCAUUUGUUUAUGCUGGUUUGGAACUGUUUGGAACCUGGUUGUAGACCAGAGGCUCUGUAUGACUUUUGGUUUCAUUUCUAUGA